AAAAUAAUUAUUUGGGCCUCCAACAAGAUUGCAGCAGAAAUAGAAUUGAUUCGUUAAAGGUAAAAAAUAUUUGGAUCAUAACGAUUAAUGAUGCUCAAUCAGAGAAAAAUCUCUGGAUUUUCUGUUUUUGCACUUGAACAAUGUGGAAAGAAUUCAUAAUUACUUAUAUUUUCAUCAAACGAACAAUUUGUCGAUUCCAUGUGUGUGAACUUUGUCCCUUCCUCCUAGAUCCUGCAGUUAGUGUCAUGCAGUAUAUUUCGUCACAGCUCCAAUUCUAUUUUUCCCCUGCAGAAAAAGAAGGAAAAAGGACUGUCCAAGUGAAGAAACUCAAACUAGGAGUAGAACCGAACCAACUAUAAAAGUGGGUGUGCCAGCCACUGUCCACAUCAGUAUCACAUCAGCAGUAUCACUGUGCAUCAAGCUGUACUAUCUCCAAACCGAUACCAACAUGAAUGCUCUGCUCAUUUUCACCAUUCUCGCUCUGGCUUCUCCAAUCUUUGGUGAAGAGGCCAUUGAGCAGAAGAAUCAGCAAAAAAGAGGAGUUGUUCCAGUUGGAUAUGGCGGACAGUAUCUAGGAGGAUACAAUACUCUUAACUACGGAUACAAUGGACUCUCUCAUGGAUAUUUGAACAACCCUUACUACUAUGGGCACUCAGCUCAUGCCCCAGCUCCACUUGCCACUUCUCCUCUUCUUCUGGGUCACGGUUACAACCAUGGUUACAACAACGCUUAUCAAGCUCCACUCUACACUGCCCCAGCAGCCCGCCUACCCUACGCCGGUCUUGGUCACAAUCUUGGAUACUACAACUCCUGGUAAAAAGCCUCAAUCACUGGUUAUCCUCAGCCAAGAACUUAUGGAAUUCCGGAUCAAUUAUUUUAUCAUCAUUGUCCCCCAUUCUCAUUGUUCCCUUUAAUAGCAAAUUUAAAAUUUAAGAAUAGAUUUUAAGGAAUUUUUACUUUGUAUUCGCCGGUGUCUCUAAAUAUAUUCGGUCAUUUAAAUUCAC